AUGGGCGAUGCGAAAGCCGCGCAGCCCAAGCCGUCGCUGGCGAAGCUGCUGAAGCAGUGUGGCAUUGAUCCCAAUGCCCUGUCCUUCGAGGAUGCCGGGGAGCGGCGAACGCUGCUCUGCCUGGUCAUCGAGGAGGCCGUCAAGCUCAACAACGACCUCUCAAAGGUGGACCUCCUCAUCGAGGCACGCGCCGACCCCACCCGCCGCUCCGAGACGGGCAGCUUCCCCCUGAUGCUGGCGUCGCAGUACUCGAACCUCAAGCUGGCGCGAAAGCUUCUUCAGGCAAGAGCGGAAGUCAACCAGCAAGAUACGAGGCUGGUGACUCCGCUGCACGCUGCCGUGCAUGAGGACUCUGCACAAAUGGUGCAGCUCCUCCUCAUGCACAAGGCGAACGUCAACGUGCAGGACCAGGUAGGCCAGACGCCCAUCUUCUUCGCUGGCAGUACAACUGCGAUUGCUGCCCUGGUAGAUGCCAAAGCUGAUCUGCAUCACCUGAACAAGAAAGGGCAGAGCGCCCUGCACCUCGCAGCGCACAACGGUAGGUACGAGGCCGUGGUCUACUUCACAGACCACGAGUUCCUCGCUGAAACGGUGGACAUGCAGGUGCGGUUCUCUGGUGGACUGACGCUGAAGGAUGACUACGAUUACACCUGCCGUCGCCUGGCAGCUUACGGUAGCGCCGGGGCUUCAGAAGAAGCCUAG